AUGCGACUUGCUGUCAUGGAAUUGAAUCGCGACCGAGGUAGGCAUCUGGACCGAAUGCUUUCGGUGGGAGCCCAACAGUCUCUCAGCCCUGAGAGUCUUAAAAGAGCCCGGGCCAGAAUUCGUAGACCCCGGAUGACGGUUCUUAUGAUGGAGAAGAAACGAGCUAAGGAUUCCACAGCUAAAGCCGAUUGCCUGCCCGCGGCAACAUGGGCACCACGGCGGGAGCAACAGCUAGCAGUUCACAUGAAAUGCCACCAAUUCGUCAGCAUUAACCCGCUUCUGACUUGA